UCAAUUCAAAUAUAAGAAAAACUAAUCACGAAAAUUGUUGAAAAUGUCGAACUCAUGGGCUAGGUUGGCCACGGCAUGUGCAAGAAUUGGUUCAAGAACUGGAGGCGGCGUAGAUUGGCUAGGUCAGCCAAUGGCAAAAAAAUUUCUAAUGCAGGCGCGUAUGCUGCAUACUGCUCCUGUGCUCUUCAAGAAUGACGACGAUAAAGAUAAAAACGACGAGUCCUUUUUCAAGCCGCUAUGUCCCGAAGAUGAUAAGGAAAAGGAAACAUUUGCUGAAGAAGUUAGCUGUAAACCCGAAAAGGAGACAUCUCCUGAUCCAUGUGCAACCGAUGAAGGUGAAAAAACGGCAGGUGGAAAAGUUGUAGGUGACAACACGUUCGGCAAGUUGGUGGGGAAACGACGAGAGGGCAUCAUUCAUUCCGUCAUUGGGCCGGUAGUUGAUGUCUACUUUGAGGACGAACUGCCCGACAUACUCAAUGCAAUGGAGGUGGAAGAUGCUCCCAUUGGUCAUUUGGUACUGGAGGUGUUUCAUCAUCUCGGCAACAAUACGGUUCGCUGCGUCGCCAUGGAUGCCACGGAAGGACUGCGUCGAGGCCAGAAAGUUAUCGAUACGGGCUUCCCCAUACGCGUAGCCGUCGGCAAGUCCGUAUUGGGUCGUAUCGUCAAUGUUGUCGGCGAUCCCAUUGAUGAGCGCGGCGAAAUCAAGAGUGAGUUUUACUCCUUCAUACAUAACGAGCCGCCAGAUUUGCAGGAAUUGAGCGUUAAACCAGAGGUACUGGUGACAGGGAUCAAGGUGAUCGAUCUUCUCGCACCCUAUGUGAAGGGCGGCAAAAUCGGUCUCUUCGGUGGCGCCGGAGUGGGUAAAACGGUGCUCAUCAUGGAGCUGAUCAAUAAUAUUGCCAAAUCCCAUGGCGGGUACUCAGUGUUUGUGGGCGCCGGCGAACGGACACGUGAGGGCAACGAUCUGUAUUACGAGAUGAUUGAGAGCAAAGUGAUUUCCCUGGACGACGAUACGUCCAAGGUGGCGCUCGUCUAUGGACAGAUGAAUGAGCCACCGGGUGCCCGGAAUCGUGUCGUCUUAACCGGACUGACCAUCGCCGAAUACUUUCGGGAUAUUGAGGGACAGGAUGUGCUGCUCUUUAUCGAUAAUAUUUUUCGUUUUACCCAGGCGGGCUCUGAGGUAUCUGCGCUCCUGGGUCGAAUUCCGUCCGCCGUUGGCUACCAGCCGACGCUCAGCACCGAUAUGGGUGCCAUGCAGGAACGGAUUUCCAGCACCAAAAAUGGCUCCAUUACUUCCGUGCAGGCGGUUUAUGUGCCUGCCGAUGAUUUGUCGGAUCCGGCGCCAUCGGCCACCUUCUCCCAUUUGGACGCAACCACUGUAUUGUCUCGACCCAUUGCCGAAUUGGGCAUUUAUCCAGCAGUUGAUCCGCUAGACUCUUCCUCACGUGUCCUCGAUCCGGAAGUUGUGGGUGAGGAUCAUUACAAUGUCGCCCGAGCCGUGCAGAAGACUCUGCAGGGAUACAAGUCAUUGCAGGAUAUUAUUGCCAUUCUGGGCAUGGAUGAGCUCUCCGAGGAGGACAAGCUAACGGUGGCACGUGCCCGAAAAAUUCAACGUUUUCUCUCCCAGCCAUUCUCCGUUGCCGAGAUAUUUACGGGUCAUCCGGGGAAGAUGGUGCCUGUGGAGAAGUCAGUGGAUGGCUUUAAGCGUUUGCUCAACGGCGAAUAUGAUGACAUACCGGAAAUUGCAUUCUACAUGGUCGGCGAUAUAGAUGAAGUGUUGGCCAAGGCGAAUCAAAUGGCAGCUUCCAUGGCACCCGAAGAAGGUGCUCCCAAAACCGAGCAAAAAGAUGAUGGAAAAGAUAAGACGGAUGAAACGAAAGGUGAAGGUAGGGAAACGAAAGGUGAUGACAAGAAAGCAAGAGGUGAUGAUGAGGAAACAAAAGGUAAUGAUAAGGUCGAAAGGAAGGCCGAAAAGGGAAAAAAAGAUGAAGCAGAGAACAAGAAGGAUGACAAGGACAAGUAAAGCUUAUGCUUAUGGUUAUGAUUGCAAUAUAAACCGCUUAAUUUAAUGAAACAAUUAACUGAAACAGACAUAUCAUGUAUUUAAAAAGUUAACCAUGUAAUCCAACUUUUUAAAUGCAAA